AGACUCCAUCUAGAAUUUUGCAAUACUUCGGUCCGAGGCCUGUAACGAAUCGGAUCUCCGCCGUCUGCGACAGGUUGGCUCUGCUCUGCUCCGCUCAGAGCGGCUCACAAAUUUCACGUUCUUUUUAAGAGCGGCACGAGCGUGUGAUAAAAUUUGGACCGCGAAUUGAAAAACAACGGCAUACCUUAAAUCGCACUCAAGUGGAUUUUAAUUGACGACUUGUCGUGAAUUCCCAUUGGGUUUUUGGCCAAAGACAGUGCGGUUUAUGGGAUCGUUAAUGGGAAUGCAUAUAUUAGGCCGGUGGCUGUGGCUGCUGCUCCUUGGCGCAGCGGGAAUGGAGGCAUCAAUUCCAUACUUUGGCUAUGCCCCCGGAAAGUGCGAAGUCUCCAUUUCCAGUGUGAUCCAGGACAUGUUCAACACGGAGACCCACAUCAUCCUCGGUACACCACGCCCCUCACAAACAAAGCUGCUCCGGUACGAUCUCUAUACGCCUCUCAAUCCCGAGGAGCGACAGCUGCUGCGACCAGGGGAUCUGAACAUGCUUAGGAACUCGCACUUUAAUCCCAAGUGGCCAGUGAGGGUCUCCAUCCAUGGCUGGGCGGGCAAAAGUGUCACCUGCUCGAACGCCGCCAUCAAGGAUGCCUACUUAUCCCGGGGCAAUUUCAAUGUCAUAAUCCUGGACUGGAGUCGCCAGGCGCUGGACAUCAGCUAUCCCCGCGUGUCCAAGCAGCUGCCAUCGAUAGCUGCCAAUGUGGCCAAGAUGCUGCGCUUUCUGCACGACAACACGGGGGUCCCUUACGAGCAAAUCUACUUGGUGGGCCAUAGCGCCGGGAGUCACAUCUCCGGGUUGACUGGCAAGUUUUUAAGGCCUCAGCGCUUGGGUGCCAUUAUCGCCCUGGAUCCCGCCGGCCUCACUCAACUGAGCCUGGGACCCGAGGAUCGGCUAGAUGUCAAUGAUGCCCUGUAUGUGGAAUCAAUUCACACGGACCUAACACUGCUCGGCAACCCGAGUACCAAGCUAAGUCACGCCUCCUUUUUCGUCAACUGGGGUUUGGGACAGCCCCAUUGUCCCAACGCCACGGCCACGGAGUUUGACUUUGUGUGCGACCACUUUGCGGCCAUGUUCUACUUUGCGGAGUCAGUGCGUCAGCCCAGAUCCUUUCCAGCCUUGCGCUGCAGUUCGGGGCAAUCGGUGCGCUCCGCCACCUGCAACUGCAGCAACAGCAACAAUUACGGUCGAGGUAGUCGAAAAGAUGCACUUCAAACAUGCACGGGCAACGAGUUCAUGGGCGGCGAACCGGCUGUGCCCAAGAGGGGUGUCUUCUAUCUGAGCACGCGGCCACAGUCGCCAUAUGGCACCAACGAUGGCCUGGUCCACAUCCGACGACCACGGCCGUCCACGAUUCGGGAGACGGCCAAACGUCGGCCAUUUGUCUAGGUGGAGAUCCAAGGCGAGCCAAGCGAAUUUGCGACAGACCAAAAAGAGAUACUUAAGCAUAGCCCCAUCCAAAGAAUGCGAAUAAAGCUAAGAUUAUUUAAAAAUGUAAUGUCCAUCAGGCAUUCCUUUAAUGAAACUCGAUCACUCUUGUAAUCGCUUUGCCCUUUUAAAUUUUCAUCAACUAUUGAACGUGUCGAUGUCAGUGUCAACCGGUUUAACGACUAAUUACGCGUGAGGAAAAAACAUUUAUUUUUUGCGAUUUUUGAGUUGUGAUUAAUCUUAUAGGAUCGUGAGUUUGGAAGUUAACUAGUUCACGACUUAGAAAUUCCAACAAAGUAAGCAAUGCAGAUUUAAUGAAAAUUAGGACAUAUUCUUACAGCCCAACUACUAAAGCCAUUAGAACCCAUAUGGAAAUAUUUGUUGUUAAGCUCUGCUGAAGCUUACAGCUUACUGGCGAUAAGAUAAACUUAAAAUUAAUUAAAAAAUACUUAGAAAUAUUUUAA